GCCGCUGCCGACCGAGAGAGACCGGCCCGGCUCUCGCCUCCCCAGUGAGUACCAGGGAUGGAUGCGUUCCAAACAAUCCUGAAGUUCUUUAUGAACCGGAAAACCGCCAUAGGUUACAGUUUUAUGGCGCUGCUGACAAUGGGAGGUGAACGUGUGUUUUCUCUUGUUGCUUUCAGAUGCCCUUGCAGCAACGAAAACUUCAGGUACGGUUUGGUAUUUCUCUUCUCGCCUGCUCUUGUUUUGCUGGUUAUUGGAUACUUCUUGAACAGCAAGACCUGGAAACUCUUUACAGGCUGCUGGGUGAAUCCCAGGAAAAUAUUCCCCAGAGGGAAUAUCUGCCAUUUCUUUUACGUCUUUGGACAAAUCACUUUAAAUGCUCUGGUAGCCCCAGUGAUGUGGCUGUCCGUGGCUUUGCUCAACGGGACUUUUUACGAAUGUGCCAUGAGUGGCUUGAAAAAUCCUGCCUACUUACAAGCAGUUUGCCACAGCAAAUCGGAGAGCUGCUUUGAAGAGCUACACAAGGUAGCCUGUGACAAAAGCUCCCUGCCCUUUUCAGAGAGUGAUGAACUGAAAAGAACACUUCAAGCACAGUCCCAGAUUUUAGGUUGGUGUGUGAUAGUUACCACAGCUCUCCUCUCCCUGCUAACCACCUGCUGUGCCAGCUGCCAGUCAAAAGUCAGCCACCUCCAGUUGAUGUUCUGGAGAGUGUAUGAGGGGACAGAGAAGGAGCAACUGGAGCAGAUUUUCCAGCUGUAUGCCACCAAGCUGAGCGAGCGAAACCUGAAGUGCUUUUUUGAAAACAAGGAACCAGAACCCAUUUCCCUGCCAGCUUUCCAGGCAUGGGAAGAUGCUUCCCAGCUCCACUCUUUCAGCAGCAGCAAACAGCACUACAGCACGAUUCACAAGCUAGUUGAGGAAGGCCAGAAAGGAACCAGUGAGGAAAGAGAGACAAUGCUGGACCUUGCAGACAGAAGGGAAGUACCAUAGACCAAGUAGAUUUUCAGCUUUUUUUAUAUCUUGUUAAUAGGCAUAUUUCUAUCUGGUUUCAUCUCUAUGUUUUCUUCACAAUGGCCUCUUUCUUCUUCAUCAUGUUUCCUCCCAGUUAGUUACUUGCUCCAAAAGGAUGGAAUGAAAUUAUUUCCCUACACGAGUGAAAAGGCUGCAGUACUCCACAGCACCCAGGGUUCACGUCACUAGGUCAGCAUCAAGAGCUCACAGUACAACAAAAGGAGUAAUGGCUUCUACAAAAGGGUUUUAGCAAUAUGCUAUGUAAAAUGUGCUAAAAAUGCUAUGUAAAAUAGUGUGCUUGUCCUAUGUAAAUCUAGAGACUGUCAACAAGUAAAGUCAUUUCAAGUGUGUGAAUAUAAUAACAAGAUACGUGUGCCUUUCUGACAGCCAACACACAGAAAGUAAAGGUUUUCUGUCCAGGUCAUUUCCAGGCCAAUUGCAGGUACAGCCUUGUUUUGAGGCACCAGCAACCCCUCAAGGCUUCUCUGCCUUUGGAUAUUUUGCCUCUGUAGAACAUCUCCCUGUUAUCUGCUCCCAGUCUAGACUUUUUCUUUGAAUGGAUAUAAAGUUCUAGUUUUCAGCAAGUUUCAGGCACUGGGUCAGCCUGUAUUGCUCUGUAAUAUUGUUGUUUCUGGGCCUGCAGCCAGUGUACAACAGAAGGCCUGGAAGGAAAGUCCACUUUUUAAGACAAGAAAACAUUUUUGCAGUAAACUGACUUUCAUUUUUUUUAAUAUCCUUGGAAAACAUGGUGUCUGGAGCAAGAAGAACCUGUAGGUGAGGCAACUGCAUGGUCAGUGCCUCUGACAAACACAUUUCACCCCAGAGCCCUGUGCUUUACGUCACUCACUUGGAAUUCAUCACAUGGCUCAGGGUGGUCAGAGUAUUCGCAAAUGCUGUAUAAAAGGAGAACAAAAUUACUUUCCCUGGGGUAGCUGGGCAGGCUUUUGUGCAGCAUUUUAUUGCCAGUCUCUCUGAGUCUGCAGAGAAUCAUAGUUUGGUAUGCUUGAAUCAUGCUCUUCUCAACAAACCAGGAU